UUUUUUUUCUCUCUCUCUCGAGAUUUUCUUCUCCUUUUCAGUGACAGAUGGGCCGUAAGUUGGUGAUCCACAUAGCUGGGCUGACUAAUGGGCAAGUGAGGCCCACCAAGUGUAGGCAAAAAAAGCGCGGGAAAGUCUCCCCAGAAAUGGCGCGCGGCGGCGGCAAAACUUGCCCAAUCUCAUCGUCUUCCUGAGCCCGCCAAUCCGAGCCGAGCUCUAGAUCCACCUCUCCUCGAGCCAUCCCUCCCUCGCCUCCGCGUUCAGCCCUUGCACCCAGCACCGGCCAGACCCUAGCGGAGCGGGAGCUUCUCGCCGCCCGCCGCGAUGGACUCGGCGGUGCUCUCGCUCACCUGCGCCGGCCUCGGUGCCCCCGAGGAGGACGAAGACGGCGGCGCCGUCGGCUACGUCAAGGGCGAGCACUGCCUCGACAAUCUGAAGGAUCUGCAGAGGCUGCUGCGGCGGGACGACCCGGAGCGGCGGGAGGUCUUCAAGCAGGUCUGCAAGUGGAAGAUCGCGUCCAGAGAUCUGGUGCCCAUCAUCGAGAACUACCAGGCCGACCGCAACCUGGUGAUCACGGCAGUGAAAGUGCUGGUAUUCCUUACCAUGCCUGUGGACCCUUCAUCAGAGGAUGUUGCACAGCAGAUUGAGUAUCUGUGGGAUUUGAAGGCUGCACUGACGCGCAAUGUUGCAAUCGCGGUCAUUGUGUCUCUUCUUGAGGACCCAUUAGAUCACUUGGAAAGAACUGCAUUCACGGAAGAUGACUGGAAGCUAGUUCAGCUGGUGCUUACUUUGUUCCGGAACCUCUUGGCUGUUCAAGAAAUCACAUUGCCUCAGAAGGCAUCUGGGGAAGCUACCCAGUUACUAUUCCUGGCUGACAGUUUUUUAGAGCUCAUGUUUCAAGAAAACAUGAUGGACCUAAUCUUGGUGCUAACUCAGCAUAUUGAUGAGCCCUCUGGUUAUCUCAAGCACGAAAAUCUUCUUUUAUUGGAGAUCUUUCAUUAUCUCUUCUUAGGCCGGGACCCUGAAUUGAUUGCCAAAGUUCGUACUGAAGGCUCAAAGGAUCAGGUUAAUAGAGAUAUUGAUACAUCAAUUGAUUCGUUGAGAUUGAUGAUGGAGAAGGAAGAUAGGGAAAAAAAGAUGUUCAGGCAACGAAAUGCAGAGCAGCACUCACACAAUGGAAUUUUUACGUUCCUUUCAAUGGAUGGGUCUAAAUCAUUGUGCAAAGGGAAUCCCAGCUCAGCAAUAGCAUCUGCAAAUAGCCUCCGGAAAAUACGAAGUGUCCAAAAAGGCCCUCAGAAAAGGAUAGCAUGGGAUAAUGAACUUCUUUACAUUCCAAAGGAGGGUAUUAUGGAAACGCUAAGAAGUUUCCUGGAUCAAUUUUUAUCUGGAGGAUAUAAUGUCCUGAUGCAGUCUAUUUGUGAUGAUAUCGUGAAGGAACAUCAAUCUAUCGAGAAAUCUGAUAACAUUACAUUCUUCAAAGUUGUUCGAUUUGUCUUAGCUUUUCAACAUGAGAAAGCAUCAAAUGCUCAGAAAUCUAGUGCUGGGCCCCAGAUCUCUGAGACUUCACCAAGCAAUGAAUCUGAAGAUAAUCUACCAUUUCGUGGUGACAUAUGUGGACCUGUUGCAGCCACAUUGAAUGAAGAUAUGUUCAAUAUAGUCAUUUCCAGGUGGCGUGAGACCUAUGAAGACCUGAAGCAAACUAAAGAUUACAAAACACUUUCAGCCGCUGGGUCCUUAAUGAAGAACAUGAUUGGCAUGAUAUACUUGGUGCUAAAAGUUCACCCUGAAGAUUCAAGGGAAUCUCAAACAGCUCGUGUUUUACUGUAUAAGCUGUUCUAUGAUCAGACAGAACAAGGCCUUACUCAAUUUCUCCUGAACUUGUUCAGAUCUUUUGAUACUCAUAAGCAACCAAAAAGUGCUCUUGCGGAUCUGGUAGAAACAAUUCAUAUCAUGCUACAGCUCAUGGAGAAGCUUCAAUCACGUGGUGCUUUAAGGGUUGCGAAGAGGACAAGAAAGGGAAGAAAAAAGAAGACAUCAGGUGACAAAAAUGAGAAUGCCAAACCUGAAACAGAGAACAUGGAAACAGAGAAUAUGGAAACAGAGAAUGUGGAAACAGAGAAUAUGGAAACAGAGAAUGUGGAAACAGAGAAUGUGGAACAAAGCUAUAUUGACCCAACAGGUGGGACUAAAUGUACAUCUGAUUCACUUCCAGAUUUGAGAAGUGAGGAUCCUCUGGCAGAGCUUACUGUCCCGGAGGAGGGAAAAGUUGAUUCCAACGUCACAGAACUACCAGAUACAGCUGUGGAAACGGUGGUAAGUCUGGAGGGCACCACACAGCUUGGGGGUGAUCCAUCUUGUGCAGGUAGUGCUGAAAUGAAAGGAAAUGCCAUUAAUGAAGAGGAAGAUACUUCAGAUUCUUCAGCUGAUGAUUGCCCCCCAGCUACCAGCGAAGCUGAUUUUAAUGUAUCACGGUUAAUAUCCAGCCUUGCCAACAAUUCUGUUGUCCAAAAUAUAUGCUGGUUGUUAAGGCACUAUAAAACUAACUCCUUUCGAACAAAUCACUACAUCAUAUGCAUGCUGCGAAGAUUCUGUGAAGAUCUGGAGCUGUCACCAAUGCUCUAUCAGCUAUCGCUUCUAACUACCUUCUAUGAUAUAUUAGCUGAACAGCAGGCGUCGAGUUCAAAGGAGUAUGCAAACAUUGUAAAUUUUCUAUCUAAAGUUAUAAGGAAGAUGCUGAGGGCAAUGAAAAAACAGCCACUGUUAUUUGUUGAGAUACUCUUCUGGAAAUCACGAAAGGAGUGUCAUCUCAUUGAUGCUGAUGCCCUACUGAAUGAGAUCAAGGGGGAUGUUAACAAUAAUGCUAGUGAAGUCGGUGCAAGUAAGGGAUGGAGAGGUCCAGUAAAUAUAGCAGAUUCUCUUGGCGAUGAUGAAGCUGACAAUGUUAUACCACAAGAACCAUAUGAUGCUGAUAAGGAUGGAGAUUCAUCUUCUGGUGAGCGUGAAGGUGAUAAUCAGAAGAGCAUGGGUGCCACAAAUAGAAGGAACAGGUUACUGUCACUUUCAGGCAGUGACUCUGAGGAUAAUGAUAGGAAUACUGUAUCAAGACGCUCUCAGAAUUCAGGGGUCCCAAAGAGACGAGGGCGUUCCAUUUUUAACGAAGAGCAAGAGAAGCUUAUCAGUGAUCUUUACGAGAAAUAUAAGGAUGACCGUAAAUGCAGCCAUCUAAUUGCUGAAGCUUUAGAUCCCAGUGGAAAGAUAUCUUCGGCUCAAAUUUCUCGAAAGCUUACACAGCUAGGUCUCAGGAAUGCCAAGAAGAGGACAAAAGUUCCAGAGGCACCUCUCUCAGCUGGAGACCUAGCUACACAACCACAAAACCACACACUAGAUGAUCCCAAGCCAGAGAGCACCCGGCGCAGAAGGAAAAGGUUACAUGGGUUAAGCAGUAAUCAUGACAAUGGCGCUAAUCAUCCAAUAUCAUCUGAUGAAGAAACACUGCAAGCACUUAAGAGCAGAACCAAAACUAAGGAGCUGUCCUCGGAGGAUUUUUCGCCGAGUAUAUCACAGCAUCAAGAUGAGGCUUUGCAAGGCACGGAUUCUGAUGAUGAGACCAUAGGUUCUAUGCUUAGUAGAGGAAAGAAGAAAAGGUUAUCUGCGUCAGAUUUUACCGCGAAUGGACAAGAACACCAAGAUUCUUCGAAGAACAUGGCUCCGGUCGUUGAGACUAUUGGUCUAAAUACAAUGGACGUGUCUCUCCAACCGGAGUCAAACUCACUUGAUGAUAACAGUGGUCAUGCUGGCGAGGCUGAACUUUUGGAUGACUUCAGUGAGCCCGAGAUGGAUAAUCGUGAGAAUAGUGAGCAAAGGGUCACCAAUGAGAUGAACAUGACUGAAUCUGGGGACAUGGGAAGCUCCUACGGUAGUCAAAAGGCUGGUUCGAAAAGAAGAAACAGACUUGUAAUUGAUGACGAUGAUGAUGAUGAGUAGGUUACCCAGAAGAUGUUGAAUGGAAAGCUGGAUUCAGCAGCUUGGAACAGAUGUUGGGCUACAGCUGCUGGGUGACAUGCUUCUGAGUUCGGAGCAGGGUUCCAGUGAAGAUUAGCAGUGAGCAGAUGCAACUUCAGGUUUUCUGGAGCUCUCAGCCUCUAGUUUGUACAUGAUUAUUUUCCAGCCUGGUCUUGCAGUGCUAGCAAAUGUACUUGCUCGAUCUUAUUAUGUCUAUGGAAACAACUCUUAUUUGCAUUUGCAGAAAAAUGCUCUUAUUUAACAUGCAAAAUUGUUCUCUAA